UAUGACGUCAUCCAGCGAGCGGCCCGGGAAAGGUCGUAGGUUCCCAGUGAGUGCGCCCCAGCUUGUUUCAGGAAUGUUAGACUCGGCGGGUAUUAAGGAGCUGACCUUCAGAGCUUUACAAGUGGAGAGUCUGUUAAGUGACAGAAUGUAUGAAGACAUUGCAUACCACUUCUCUUACUUUGAAGAAGCAAAAGUCAACUGGGAAAACCUACAGCAGACUGAUGCCGUCAGAGUUGUGUACCGAGUACUUAAAAGCUGUCCACCAGGGGCACUGAAAAAGAAAGCCAAGUGCUUGCUCUCUAAAUGGAAACUCUUGUACAAAGACAGCUGUCAGGAGAGCUUUACAGGGGAACAAGAAAUGGCUGAGAGUACAACUCAAGACCUGACAGAUCUGGAGAGUCCAAGCAGUCAUACCUCGACUAAAACCCAAAAAGUAGAACAAAAUCAGCGGUCGGGCUUACAAGUGACAAGUGUCAACCAGCUCAGUGCAGGGAAGCAAGAUCAACAGCAAAUGAGCAUUGAGGACCUGAGAAUGAAAUGCAGAGAACUUCUGUACCAGGCUUUAGCUGAUCCUUCACAGUGCCAAGAAAAAGUCCAAGAGUAUGGAAAUGAGCUUGAAGAAAGCAUCCACACUCUCUAUAAUGGAAAUGAAAAGAAGUAUAGAAGCUGCAUACGUAGUAAAAUCUCCAAUCUGAAAAAUCCUAAAAACGUGCACUUGAAAAAGCUCAUUUAUUCUGGAACACUCUGCCCCAAGACAUUUGCAGGAAUGAGCGCUAUGGAGAUGGCAAGUGAGGAGCUCCGAGACCUCAGAGCUAGCUAUACUCAGGCUGGUGUCCAGGAGCAUCAGCUUCCGCAGCGCCCUGAUGGACUCCAGACUAGUCAAAUUAAAUGCAGGAAAUGUGAAAGGUUUAAUUGUACAAUAACCAUGAUUUCCCGAGGGACGCUGUUUCUACCCGGCUGGGUCCGUUCUGGGAACCCUGAUGAAGAGAUGAUGACAUUUGCUAUCUGUAAUGAGUGUGGAGAACAGUGGUAUCAUAGCGGAUGGAUAUGUCUGUGACAUUAGUAUGGGUUCCGUCAGUGUGAUUACUGCUGGCGGUUUACUUUUUCAUGUGUUCUGAUAUUCUCCUAACAUGCUGCUGGUUGCCGUAUUGAAAUAAUAGGCGCACUAAACCCUAUUUAUCACAAUUUGUUGUGUAGGCUAAUACAAUGUAUAGCUCCCUGUACAAGGACUGUGGUGUACUGCAGGGGUUGGAAACCCCACCGCCGUAAGGCCUUUCUCCAAAGGACCCCGAGUAGAUCAGGCAUUCAUUUAUAACGUUAAAAGCUGGCUCUAUGCCUCCUCAUUCACCCUGAUAACCUGCAGAUCACUAUAGGCCAGUGGCCUACAAGAGGGCAGGUCUCCAGCAUAGACAGGCACAAUGGCGUCAGUAUACGUCUGAGCCUGAUACCCUGCACAGCUGUGCGUGAUAUGGGAAAGGGUUAGGUAGGUACUUUUACAUUUUUAUGGUGCUCUGCUUGGGGGGGGGGGAGUAUUAUAUUUAGUGGCACUUUAGGGAUGCAUGCAGGCAUUUCUAAAGGGAAUCUGUCCCUAUAAACUGUUUUGCAUAGCUGUGGUUCAC